CCCACCGCCGCGGGAUCUCAAUCAAAUACGCCUCCCCCUACGACCCCUUCUCCCCCACGCAGCCUUCUCUCUGCCCUCCUCUCCACCUCCGCCACAGGUUCAGCUCGCCUCGCCUUGCUGCUUGAAGCCACCAGCGGAGGCACGCCGGAGGGAGCAUGAAGGUCUCCGUCGUGUCGCGGAGCGGCCGCGAGGUCGUCAAGGGCGGCGUCGAGCUCAAGGACUCGGCCAAGGUCGCGGAUCUGCAGGAGGCCAUCCACGCCAAGACUAAGAAGUAUUAUCCUGCCAGGCAACGGCUCACCCUCCCUGCACAACCUGGAAAAUCUGGAAAGCCAGUUGUCCUCAGUCAAAAGGCCAGCCUAUCGGAAUACUGCGAGAAAGGUUCCGGUUCCCUGACAGUGGUCUUCAAAGAUUUAGGCCCGCAGGUCUACUACAGCACGCUCUUCUUCUGGGAAUACGUCGGCCCUCUUAUCAUCUACCCCAUCUUCUAUUACCUGCCGGUCUACAAAUACUUUGGAUAUGAGGGAGAGCGGGUCAUCCACCCUGUCCAGACCUAUGCCAUGUACUACUUCUGCUUCCACUACUUCAAGAGGAUCAUGGAGACCUUCUUCGUCCACCGCUUCAGCCACGCGACUUCCCCCGUGUCAAACGUCUUCAGGAACUGCGCCUACUACUGGACCUUUGGAGCGUACAUUGCCUACUACUGCAACCACCCUCUGUACACCCCUGUGAGUGACCUGCAGAUGAAGAUUGGGUUCGGCAUCGGGGUCGUGUGCCAGAUCGCAAACUUCUACUGCCACAUCCUGCUGAGGAACCUCAGGAGCCCGACUGGCAGCGGCGGCUACCAGAUCCCACGGGGCUUCCUGUUCAACAUCGUGACGUGCGCGAACUACACCACCGAGAUCUACCAAUGGCUGGGGUUCAACAUCGCCACACAGACCGUGGCUGGUUAUGUCUUCCUUGCUGUGGCGGCGGCUAUCAUGACCAACUGGGCGCUCGGGAAGCACAGCCGCCUAAGGAAGCUGUUCGACGGGAAGGACGGGCGGCCCAAGUACCCCCGCCGAUGGGUGAUUCUUCCUCCAUUCCUGUGAAGAAGUCACGGUGCUCGCAAGGCCUGCAUCUGGAGAUUCAACAUUUAUUCUGUUCCAGCGUUCCAAAGUUAAAAGCCAUCAGUCGAUUUCACUCAAACAUUCCUACUAAUCGUGCCUUGUACCAGCUGUCAAACCUCAAUUAUGUAGUCCAAAUGUUCUUAUCCGAAGGAUGUAUUUUCUUACUCCCUCUGUAAACUAAUAGAAGAGCGUUUAGAUAACUAAAAUAGUGAUCUAAACACUCUUAUAUUAGUUUACGGAGGAAGUACCAUAUUGUUGAAAAACUUUCUCUGGGGUUUAUUUACGCCGCACUGCGACGUGUUGUCAUAGUCAAGUCCAACACUAAGAUGAUUCAUCAGAUA